AUGGAGAAAAAGUUGUCUAAGACCCCGGAUAUUAAAGCACAUUAUGAUGCAGCCAUAUUAGAGUAUUUGGAAUUAGGACACAUGAGGAAGGUAGACCCAAACAGCGUAUACAAGACCCCUCACUACUACUUACCUCACCAUGCAGUUAUCAAACCAGAUAGGGUUACCACAAAACUUAGAGUGGUUUUUAACGCAUCUAGCCCAACAUCAAACAAGAAAAGUCUUAACGAUAUCUUACAUACAGGACCCAUACUUCAGCAAGACCUUGUGCUACAAGUGUUGAAAUGGAGAUUUUUUAAGUACGUCUUCAAUGCAGACGUGACAAAAAUGUAUCGUCAGAUCUUAGUAGACCCCAAUCAAACAGCUUUUCAAAGAAUUCUCUUUCGUAAAUCAGAAAACCACCCAAUUGAGGAUUACGAACUCUUAACUGUUACCUUCGGCAUAAAUUGCGCCCCAUUUUUAGCGAUUAGGACCCUUCUCCAGUUAGCAGAAGACGUGAAAGAUUCUCAUCCGUUAGGAUCAAGAAUUAUUAAAGAAAAUUUAUAUGUCGAUGAUGUAUUAGCGGGCGGACACUCCAUAGAAGAAGCUACAGCAGCUAGGAAGGAAUUAGCCUCCGCAUUAGAAUCAGCUGGUUUCGAGCUAAGAAAAUGGGCGUCAAAUGACACACGUUUGUUAAAGGAUUUAAAUGAAGACAUGCUUCUUCCAAUAGAUUGGUUAAAUAUUUCCGAAGCUUCUUCGACAAAGACCCUAGGAAUUCGUUGGAAUAUAUCAGGUGAUAAUUUCACUUUUACGGCCCCUACAGUUGAAGAAAAGCAAAUGAGCACCAAGCGAGAAGUAUUAUCAACGAUAGCAAAGUUUUUCGACCCAUGUGGAUGGUUAGCGCCAGUAAUAGUUGUAGCCAAGUUAAUCAUGCAACAGGUUUGGCUAGAUAAGGUAGAAUGGGACGACUCGUUGAAGCCAGUGACUCAAAUGAACUGGAAUAACUUUGUGAGAGGUAGCCAUUCUAUAGACACUGUAUCGAUACCAAGAUGGGUUCGGUUUACACCUGCUAGUAUUGUGGAAAUACAUGGAUUCUGCGACGCGUCAGAAAGCGCAUAUGCAGCCACAAUUUAUAUACGCGUUGAACACAUCGAUAAAACUGUAGACACUUUUCUUCUAGCAGCCAAGACCCGAGUAGCCCCAGUUAAGAAAAUCUCUCUGCCAAGGUUAGAAUUAUGCGGUGCAGUUAUGUUGUCAAAGUUAACAAAUGCCAUUGUGCCUAAGCUUCAAUUAUCAAAGUUUACGACCCAUUUCUGGACCGACUCUACAAUCGUUCUAGCCUGGCUACAAAAGCCACCAUGCUCAUGGAGCGCUUUCGUUGGUAACAGGGUUUCAGAGAUAUUAGAGAACGUCGGCGGUGAGAAUUGGAAACAUGUUGACUCAGAAUAUAAUCCUGCAGAUGUAGCAAGUCGUGGCUGUUCUCCUGACGACUUAAUAGCUCAUAAUUUAUGGUGGACGGGACCCCAGUGGCUCAAAUUGCCGCAUGAUCAGUGGCCGCAAGACCGAGUUAAUACAGACACUAAUCUUGAAGCAAAACAAGUUAAAGUAUUCGCAACAGGCACUUUUGAUGACCCUUUGACUCGAUUUUCGUCUUUAGCUAGAGCAUAUCGUGUUUUGUCUUACGCAGUUAGGUUCUGGCGUAACACAGGUUCAACUAGAUCCUCACUUAAAAUUUCAUCGCAAGAAAUAACCAGCCCAGAGCUCAUAGACACAAAGAUGCGUCUUAUAGUGGCAACUCAGAAACAUUACUUCGUUGAGGAAUACAGUUCUUUGACCCAAAAGAAAAGGCUUUCACCUAGAAGUAGUCUUUUACCAUUCAACCCCUUCAUAGAUAGAAAAGGAGUAAUUAGAUCCAAUGGUCGUUUAGUUCAAUCGCCAGCUUUGACGUACAGCGAACGUCAUCCAAUCUUAAUCCCAUAUGAUUCGCGAUUUGCACUCCUUCUAGUGGAAUUUGUUCAUAAAGUCUCAAUGCACGGAGGCAAUCAACUUAUGACCCGGCUCAUCCGUACGGAGUUUUGGAUAUUCAGAUUGAAACAGUUGAUCAAGAAAGUUAUACACAAUUGCAGAGUUUGUACCCUAUAUCGAUUAAAGACUCAGACCCAAAUUAUGUCAUCUCUUCCACCCGAGCGUACUACUUUAUCCAGACCCUUUACGAAUACAGGGGUAGAUUUUGCAGGACCCUUCGGAAUCAAAAGCUUAACAGCACGAGCGUGUUUAAUAACCAAGGGUUAUAUCUGCAUAUUUGUUUGUUUUGCGACAAAAGCCAUCCACUUAGAAGCAACAAGUGAUUUAUCGACUCAAUCAUUUCUGGCGGCAUUAGCUCGUUUCAUAGGAAGGAGAGGGUGCCCAGAAAAGAUAUAUUCCGACAAUGGAAAGAAUUUUAUAGGCGCAGCAGAAAUGCUCAAGAAAGAUCAGAAAGAGUUUAUGAAAAGUUUACAGAGCAGCGCCAUUCAGCAACAUGCUCAUCAGAAUUUAGAGUGGAAAUUUAUUCCUCCAGGAGCUCCCCAUAUGGGGGGAUUGUGGGAGGCAGGAGUUAAAUCAUUCAAGAUACACCUUAAGAAGUCUAUGCCCAAAAUGAACUUCACGUUCGAAGAACUGUCAACCAUAUUGGCACGUAUCGAGGCCUGCCUCAAUUCACGACCCCUUAGCCCAGCUUCUGAAGACCCUAACGAUUUAGCACCCUUGACCCCAGCUCACUUCCUUAUAGGCUCUUCCCUUUUGACCCCGGCAGAACCCGACAUCUCAGAGGAGGACAUAACGCUUGCAAAUCGGUGGAAGAGAUUAAAGAUUAUAUCCCAAAACUUUUGUCAGAGGUGGAAGUCAGAGUACUUAAAUGAGCUUCACCGUAGAUACAAAUGGAAGUAUCAGCAAGAUAACAUACAGGUCAAUGAUUUAGUUGUCAUCAGGGAUGAGAGAUAUCCCACCGAGUGGAAGUUAGGACGAGUUUUUAAAACAUACCCCGGUGUUGAUCAGAACACUCGAGUUGUAGAUAUUCGAACUUCCAAUGGCAUAGUCAGUCGACCCAUAACUAAGAUUGUCAAAUUAUUCUCAGACACCCCUAGCAAUUCAUAA